AUGGCGUCACUCAACCUGUCCAUAAACGGACCCUCGAUCAAGAGCAGCUACCAGGGUGUCAUCAACGGCCCGCCUCCGAGCUCGAGCUCGCCGACAUACGCUCAAUGGGCUUUGUUCUCGGUUCAAGCUCCUCUGGCUAAUGCCUUCCAAGAUACUGGUGCCAAGGAGAGCGUGCUUAAGGUCCAGGGCACUGGAGAUGGCGAGCUCUCAGAACUCAUCGAAGACUUCAACGAGGGUCGCAUCCAAUUCGCUUUCGUAAAGGUCAAGGACCCUAAUUCUGGGCUUCCCAAGAAUGCCCUGAUUGCUUGGUGUGGAGGCGGUGUCCCCGAGCGGACCAAGGGCUACUUCACCACCCACACAGCAGCCGUUUCCAAGAUCCUCCACGGCUAUCACGUCCAGAUCACCGCUCGUUCAGACAGCGACCUCGAGCCGGAGAGCGUUAUGCGCAAGAUUGCCGAUGCCUCCGGCGCCAAGUACUCAGCCGGCGGCUCCACGGCUUCCCCAGCCCCACCGCCAGUUGCUUCUAAGCCCGUAUUCACUCCCACCACAUCAUCGGUUGGAUCUGUCAACCCGAUCGUGGCCGCACGAAACCGCAAGCCCGCGAACGUCGAUGAAGACGGCUGGGGCGCCGACGCUCCCCCUGUCACCCGGUCGCAGCUCGAGAAGGUCGCGCCGGCAUACAAGCCCACCAAGGUGAACAUGGCAGAGCUCACGAAGCAGCGCCAAGAACCCUCCGGCUUCAAUGGGAACAACUCUCAAGAAGACCGAGGCGACGUUGUAAGAGGGGGAUACCAGCCAAUCGGAAAGGUGGAUAUCGCUGCCAUUCGUGCUGCCGCCAAGGAAAAGAACGACGACAGGCCGACUCCUGUGAAGGGUGCCUACGAGCCGGUUGGCAAGGUUGAUAUUGCGGCUAUCCGUGCUAAGGCGCAGAAGCCCUCCGAGCCGGAGCCCGCCGCCGAUGAAGAGCGUCCGAGGUCCCUGGCCGAACGCAGUGCUGCUUUUAGCCAGCCCGGGCAGUCGGAGCGCCUCACGUCUCUCCCCAAGCCAAAGGUCGCCAACAAGUUUGGUGGAUCUACUUUCACUGGGACGAAGGCUCCCACGCCCGGAGGCAUGGGCUUCGGCGCACCUGCCGUCCCGGCUGCUGCGCCCGUUGGAGCUGCCAGCCGAACCUUUGCUGACCAAGGCGGCAAGACGCCUGCCCAGCUGUGGGCUGAGAAGAAGGGCAAGACGGGCUCCAUCUCGAACCCUGUGUCGCCUCCUAUCACAUCCCCCAUUGGAGUGCAGAAGAGCGGAGAGUGGAAGAGUGGCUACUCCGGAAAGUCCUGGGCUCCUGUUCAGACCGCCGAAUACAGCCGUGGUAAGAUUAGCCAAGAGAACACUGGCGAGCAGGAGCGUGAGGCACCUGCCUCCCCCAGCGGUGGUGUUGGUGCCCUUCGCGAUCGUUUCAAGGGUACUGCUCCUAUUGCUGUGGGAGCUGCAGCCGUUGCCGGUGCAGCUGGAGGCGCCGCAGCUUAUGCCGCUCACAAUGAUGCCGAGGAAGAAGAGGAGGAGGCACCCCCUCCUCCUCCUGCAGGCAGCCGACCGCCCGCUGGUGGAUUCGCGCUCCCUGGCAUGCCUCCCCGUCCCGCUCCCGAGGAGGAAGAGGAGGAGGAGGCCGAGCCGGACUCGCCCAUUCGCGUUGCUCAACCAGUCGCUCGCGGAAACGAGGUCGAGUUCGAGCCCCCUGUCGAGCGAGAGCCUCCCAGGCCCAUCCCUACGCAGGAGAUUGAGGAGGAGCUGCCAAGAGAGGAGGAGCUCCACGAGGACAACAACGCUGGCCGCGGUGCGGCGGCAGCAGUUGCCGAGCAGCAGUUUGGCCAGGAGCAGGUUGCUGCCGGUCAGGCACAAGGUGGCGGUCACCGUGCGUUGAUUCAGUACGAUUACGAGAAGGCUGAGGACAAUGAGCUUGAGCUUGUCGAGGGCGAGUACGUCACCAACAUUGAGAUGGUUGACGAGGACUGGUGGAUGGGCACCAACUCUCGUGGCGAGAGCGGUCUGUUCCCUAGCAACUAUGUGGAGCUCGUCGAGGACGAGGCCGAACCGGCACCAGCAGCGCGUGCGGCGCCUCCCCCCGCCCCGGCUCAAGCGGAGCCCGAACCGGAACCGGCGCCGGCGGCCGGCAGCGGUCGGACUGCUACGGCUCAGUUCGAUUACGAGGCUGCGGAAGAUAAUGAACUUUCAUUCCCCGAGAACGCUACGAUCACGGAUCUCGAGUUCCCCGAUGAGGAUUGGUGGUUCGGUUCCUACGGCGGCAAGCAGGGCUUGUUCCCUGCCAACUACGUCCAGCUUGAUAACUAA